AUGCGGAUCGUGGCCGACAUCAUCGCCUUCACCGCCGAGCGGAUGCCCCGGUUCAACUCGAUCUCGGUCUCCGGCUACCACAUGCAGGAGGCCGGCGCCACCCUCGACAUCGAGCUGGCCUACACCCUCGCCGACGGUGUGGAGUACGCCCGCGCCGGCCUCGCCGCGGGGCUCGGCAUCGACGAGUUCGCGCCCCGGCUCAGCUUCUUCUGGUGCGUGGGCAUGAACUUCUUCAUGGAGGUGGCCAAGCUGCGGGCUGCCCGGCUGCUGUGGAGCCGGCUCAUGAGCCAGUUCGACCCCCAGGAUCCUCGCUCGCUGUGCCUGCGCACCCACUGCCAGACCAGCGGCUGGAGCCUCACCGCCCAGGACCCCUACAACAAUGUGGUGCGCACCUGUGUGGAGGCCAUGGCCGCCACCCAGGGCCACACCCAGUCGCUGCACACCAACGCCUUCGACGAGGCGAUGGCCCUGCCCAGCGACUUCUCGGCCCGAAUCGCCCGCAACACCCAGCUGUUCCUCCAGCACGAGUCGGGCAUCACCCGCACCGUGGACCCCUGGGGCGGCAGCUACCACGUCGAGCGGCUCACCAAGCUGCUGGCCGACCGAGCCUGGGACCACAUCUGCGAGGUCGAGGAGCUCGGCGGGAUGGCCGCGGCCAUCUCUACGGGCCUUCCCAAGCUGCGCAUCGAGGAGGCCGCGGCCCGCACCCAGGCCCGCAUCGACUCGGGCCGCCAGGUGGUGCUCGGCGUGAACCGCCACCGCGUCGAAGACGGCGCGGACGCACCGGUGGAAGUCCGCCGCAUCGACAACGUCGAAGUCCGUCGCCGCCAGAUCGCACGGCUCGAACAGCUGCGGCGCGAGCGGGACGAGGCACCCCUGCGGGCGGCCCUGGAGGCGCUGACCGAGGCGGCCCGUACCGGUGAGGGCAACCUGCUGGCCCUGUCGAUAGACGCGGCCCGGGCCAGCGCUACCGUCGGAGAGAUCAGCGACGCCCUCGAAACCGUCUACGGUCGUCAUGUGGCCGAGAUCAGAGCGGUGCAGGGCGUGUACCGCGAGGAGGCUCGAUCGCCGGGCUCCGGCCCGUCCGGCGGCGCCGCGGUAUCGACGCGGUGCGGGCCCGGGUGGACGAGUUCGCAGGCAGGCUUGGCCGGCGACCCCCGGAUACUGGUGGCCAAGGUGGGACAGGACGGCCACGACCGGGGCCAGAAGGUGAUAGCCACCGCCUUCGCCGAUCUCGGCUUCGACGUGGACGUGGGGCCGCUGUUCGCCACGCCGGCCGAGGUGGCCCGCCAAGCCGUCGAGGCCGACGUGCAUGUGGUGGGAGUGUCGUCGCUGGCCGCAGGCCACCUCACCCUCGUCCCCGAGCUGCGCGACGAGUUGGUGCAUCUCGGUCGCGGCGAUAUCGCCAUAGUCGUGGGUGGGGUCGUCCCCGCCGCGGACGUGGACGAACUGCUGGCGGCGGGCGCGAUCGCGGUGUAUCCGCCCGGCACGGUGAUCUCCGAGGCCGCCGCCGAGCUGCUGGAGCACCUGCUCCGAUGA